AUGGGCUGUGCAGGUAGUACAAUGGCAUCGGAUGCUGACCAAUUGUAUCUCAGCCAGAAAUUAGUGUCCAACGCUAUUGACCGGACUCUUAUCCAGAAAAAGAAGAAAGAACAGAAAGAGAUGCGAUUGUUCUUAUUAGGGGCUGGUGAGUCUGGAAAGUCCACAGUUCUCAAGCAAAUGAGACUUAUGCACAAGCACUCAUUUACAGACUUUGAACGUAGACAAUAUACUGAGGUCAUUUGGUUUGACUUGAUUGAGUCUAUGAAAGUCCUUAUCUUCAAUGCUCGAAAGCUUGGUAUUCCGCUUGAUUGUGAUCAGCCAAAUCUGUCGUUGGUCAAGUUCAAGCGGAUCAUCAUGCAAACAAAGGGAAUCGAGGAUUGCCAGCCUGGAGAGAUGUCAUUGAUUGGGGACUACUAUGUGGGAUAUGAUCUGAAACGUGGCCCUAUAGAUCCCGAAAUGACGCUGCUCCUUUCGUGCGAGUUUAAUGAUAAAUCAGAAGUAUGUGUGGAAGGACAAGCUAAGAAGUUCUCGCGAGCUGAACAGGCUGAAGCUAUCUCCAUGCUUUGGACUAAAGAUUCUGGCAUCAAAAAGUGCUACCAACAGUCCAAUAACUUCCAAUUGGAGCUGUCAGUGUCAUACUACUUCGACAAUGUCCACAAGUUUAAGAAUCCAAUGUACAGAAGUUCAGACCAAGAUAUCAUCAUGGGCCGCAUCAAGACCACAGGAAUUACUGAGAGCACCUUCGAAAUCAAUAACACCACGCUAAAGGUGUUAGAUGCGGGUGGGCAACGGUCAGAGAGAAAAAAAUGGAUUCAUUGCUUCGAGAACAUCGAUGCUAUCAUAUUUGUAUUGGCAGUGCUGGAGUAUGACCAGAUGCUUUACGAAGAUGGUCGAGUGCACCGCAUGAACGAGUCGUUUCAAUUAUUUGAGGCCAUUUGUAACUCCACGUGGUUUCAAAAUACCCCAUUCAUUUUGUUUUUGAAUAAGGUCGAUUUGCUUGAGAAGAAACUCCCGCUGUCUCCAAUUGCUCAGUAUUUCCCGGAUUAUAAGCUGGAUCCUUUGGAUGUAAAUUCAGUGCUAGACUAUUUCGAGAGCAGACUUUUAGGUUUAAACAGAACUCAGAAACCAAUCUACAUCCACCGCACAUGCGCCACUGAUACGAAGUCAAUGUCGUUUGUAUUGACGGCAGUCACCGACAUGAUUAUUCAACAAAGCCUCAAGCGGAGUGGAAUUAUUUGA